AUGAGUGCAAUUUUGCAAAAGACCCAAACCACCCCUGUUGACGUCACAUACAUCUUCGAUCUGACUGAACACGUUGUCGCCGCGUUCCAAGGUUCCUGUCGUUGCAAAGACUGCUGCUACCAACCCCCGCACUACACUCAAAUGCUCUUGGAAUCUGUAGCCCACCUACUGGACCUUUUCGACGUGGUAUGGUCCAAAAUCCAUAACGAUAAAGCAGCAAUAGCAUUCAGUCAUCCUAUAGUCCCACAGCAUCCCAGCUACGAAUCAACGCCGAGCCAUGAUCACAAAAUCCCCGUGGUGACCGGACACCAGGCUUUAGCUACUGUUGAUAAAUUCGUCCUAGAUGACUCUGAAAAGACGAUUCUAAUACAAGAAGUUCUUCGAACGUCAACAGCAUCAGUGAACAACAUUAUGAAAGACAUUCAUUACCGAAGGUCGCAAGCUAUCAUGGUAUCGGGCUCUAAACGACACCCGCCGGCACCGACGCACUUCGAUGGGUUGAUAGACUUGUCAGGCAGUCUCCUAGAAAGGACUUAUUCUGCAGUGGCAAGGUAUGGGAGUUCUUCUGUCCUGUGA